CGCACCUCAUUUGGAAGUCAAUAAGAGAGACCCUCCAGAGACUCUCAGCCACACUAUCACAAGAUCUCCCCGAUUGAUGCCAGUCAGCGCCGUGAGCACCAAGGAAAUCAUGCCCGUGCCCAAGAAAGCAGGAAGAAAGAACAGCAGUGGUGUAGAAGAGAACCUGCCGCCGCCAUACGAGCCAAAUAUCCCUGAACCCACCACCAGGGCUGACUUCAUGAAACAUUGGCUGCCGCUUUCUCUGGAUGAUAAAACUGCACAGAAACUGUUGUGGAUUUCAGAGGGCGGGGCCAAGGUGGCCCGCACGUCAGAUGCAGUCUGCCCAUAUCCCAACAGACCUGAGAGAUAUGAACACUCUCCACAGGUGCUGUGUAAGGAGGGUGUGAAGAGCUAUCGAGGGUACUGGGAGGUGGACUACGAUGGCUGGGUGGUGAUCGGGGUGAUCGGUGAGAACGCACCCAGGAAGGGCCAGGACCCUCGCGGCCCCUGCGGCCUCGGAGAGAACAUCAACUCCUGGGGCGCCGGCUGGUCUGGCUCCUGCUACCAAGUCUGGCACAACAGCGAGAAUGUGGACGUCCAGCUCCCCCUGACCUCCACGAUGGGCAUCUACUUGGACCAGCCCGCCGGCAUCAUCAAGUUCCUCGCGGUGGACGGAGAGGAGGUGCGGCUGAUUCACAAGUUCAAAGCCGACAUCCAGGAGAAGGUUUUCCCCGGGUUCUGGGUUGGCACAAAUUCGUUCUGCCUCAUUCGGAAAAAUGAUCAGUGACACAGUUGAGGGUUGAGCAUGAAGGGAGGGAUGGGUGGGGGGUCAAGUAGUAAGUAGUAAACCUAAGAAGGUGUCGGGAAAGGAGAUGGAGAGCUUGUGAUGUUUGGGGAACAAGUGUUGGAGUUAUAAAGCAGAACGUUGUGGCAUCUUUGUUUGCUUUCUCUGAUUGCAUGAAGAAAGGUUAUUCAUCUCAUAUUAUAUCCAAAGAUGGCUACUUAUUUAAUUUACUAUUGCGUAUCUAUUUAUGUAUUUUAUUUAAAUUAGUUUUAGGCAAUGUUUUGUAUGUUUUUUUUAACACGCAGGACUUUGCAUGUACUUGAGUGCUUGUUUAACUUAUCUUUUUUUAUGUGCUGAAUUUAGUCAUUAAAUUCAAGUAUUGUGUAAAAACA